GAGAAAGCAUUGAAUUUCAUAACAAAAUAUACUUUUACAAGAGAAGGUUAUAUUUCAGAAGAACGAUUAUCCUGUCACUACGGCGAUGGAAAACAAAUUAGGUUAGUGUCUACUACGCUUUUUGUUACCCUGUACUGCCGUAUCAAAGAAAUUACAAGGUAUCAUAGAAAUGCAUCCACAAACCUUUGAUCUGCUCCGGAUGGAGACUAGUCUUCGCAAAAUGCAACUAUUCGAGCCUCACGAUCCUGUCGUCAUCGGCGUCGACCACAAUUUGGAUCCUUAUUUCAAAUCCCAGCAUUCAUUUUGCCUCUUUCCCAGAUUCCCGCCGGAGCUUCAGCUUAUGAUCUGGGCUGCGGCUGCCGAUGAUCGACAGAUUGUUCGGAUUAAACCUUGCGCCGAGGAUGGAUCAGGAGAGGAAGGGUUCCGGGGUGAUUAUACCAUGCCGGUGGCUCUGCGCGUUUGUCGCGACUCUAGAAAAGAAGCGCUUAAAAGAUACACGGUUAUAUUCAAAGGUAUCCUUCGCAAUCCUAUUUAUUUCAAUUAUCAGCAAGAUUACCUGAGUCUUGUUGGUAGUAGCGCACAUGAGCAUUUCCAAAUUCUAUCUGGAGAAGACCAUAUCAUUUCAGAAGAGAUCCAAAAGGUCGAAAAUGUGUUUUCGAUGAUUGCUGGUUGUGGAAGUGGUGAGAGCGAGGAAGAUGUUUUGACUGAGAUAUUGGGCAUCUGGGAUGGUAUCAAGCGUCUAGUCAUUGCAGAAAGAUCGCCAACCUGGUGGGGCACAUUCAAGGAGAUCUGGUCCGACAAGGAGGUGAAGAGGCUUGCUCGAGACGCCAAAGCUGACCGUAUCAGGGAAGGAACUGCGACUCCAGAAUUCCCUCAAGUUCGCAUUGUCAAGUUUGAUGAUGUUCUAGAUGCCGUAGCACGAGGUGAGCAACAAUCAAUGAGCAGUACGAACGCGACGCUUUCUUUUUUCGACUCGAUAUUUGAAGCAGAUUCUACAUAUAACAUUAAGAAACAGUCUAAGAAAGCUUUGGAAUCAGCAUAGGCAAAGAAACAAUGUAGCUUGCUUUGGUAACUGUUGGAAUAAUGCUUUAUUCAUAGAAACCCAUGGAAAUAGAUGGCGGUGUCAAUGAAAGGAAGGUUGAAGCUCUAGUUAUCUCAUGUGUGGGGCAUUGGAUGGCUUUUGGUUCAAGAAUUAUGUAACAUAGAUCAGCUUUCAUUUCAAAGGUUGUCUACAUAUCAUGUAUUUUCAUGAUAAUGAAAUUACCUCUAUAUUUCAAGGUUCCAGGCGGUCUUCCGUGUAAAAUCGAAAAAAAAAAAUUCUACACAUCA